AUCGUAUAGUUCAAUGGGUCACAUCCUGCAUUUUGAUAUAUAUAAAAGUAUUUCGCUCUUGAUGUUAUACAUAAUAUAUCAGUAACAACCUUCCAGACAACAAACUAGUAACAAACGAAGAAAAAUAUGAAAAUUGCUCUCCCAUUUUUCUGCUUCUACAUUCUAGCAAGCAGCCAUGUGUAUGGUGACGUUCCAGAAAUCAUAGUUACUAAGGCAAGUGAGGAAGUUUUACCACCAGGACCCUUUACAAAGGCGGAUUGUAGUCUCGGUGUAGAAAAAGACGGAUCCACAUGUGAGGCCUAUAUUCGCGUAUACAAAUGGAGCGACGCUGAGAAAAAAUGUGUCAAAGCCAUCUAUGGAGGCUGCAAUCCGACCAAAAACAAUUUCCGUACUAAAGAAGAUUGUGUAAAAACGGCAACUCCAGUUUGUUCUGAUUGAUUAUAUCGAUAUAAAGUAUAAAAACUUAUUGGAUUUUAUAAAAACAAUAAAAAGUUUAAAUGUU